CAAAAUUAACUGGCUAGUGCUUCUUGAUACUUAAAAAGUAUUAGCUAGUUUUCAGUUCACAUCCCAAAAUGGCUUCAAGUGCUUUAAGAACAACCGCCUUUCUCCUCACUCUCAACCUUCUCUUCUUCACUUUGGUAAGUUCACAGACAGCACCUGCAGAAGCAACAUGCCCUACAAGCUCUCUGAAGUUUGGUGUGUGUGCCGGAUUCCUCAAUAACUUGCUGGGUGGCAUCGAAGUAGGAUCCCCACCAACGAUACCUUGCUGCAACCUCCUCCUUGGCCUUGUUGAGUUUGAGGCAGCAGCAUGCCUUUGCCAGGCCAUUAAAAUUAAUCUCUUGGGUAUUAACCUCGAUGUACCCAUCUCAUUGAACUUGAUGUUUAACAAUUGUGGAAAGGAGGUCCCUUCUGGUUUCAAAUGUGCAUAGAUAACUUCAGCUUCUGCAAGUAUCUUUGUUGUUUUUCAUUCACGUCCUCUCUUCUUUGAUUAUGGUGUGUGUGUUAUUAAUUCGGGGUGUUAUGUUUGGUUAUAUUUGAUUUUAAAUGUCUGCCAUCUUGGCUUGUACCCUUGUAACUUUAAAUCCUAUCACUACUAAUAUGUGAUUAGGGUUUUUUUGUAUUGUGAUUUAAGAAUAAAGAUGCAUGUUCUUGAGAUUA